CCUCUUGUCGCCUUGGCAACAGACAAAGAGGGGGGGGGCUCUCUGACGGCCAGAGGUGAGAUAGAAAAGGUAUCGGCGCUCAUCACAUGACCCUCCUGGUUUUAGCAUCUCUGCGUUGAGGUUUUGGGAGCAUUUUACUAAACAGCCCGCUUUCUCUCGGAGGACGUCUGACGGACUGAACGGGAUUCGACAUGUCCGACAUAGUUCCACCAGAGGUUAGACCCAAGCCAGCCGUUCCUGCCAAGCCCCCGAACGUGGGGGCUCCCUCCCCUUCUAGUCCCUUUCCCCCCCAGGGCCCAGGUGUCGGAGCGGGCGGCGUUACUGCUCCUCCAAGUGCUAUUCCAGUUUCCAUCGGCGGUCACGGUGCAAACCUUGCUGGCAUUCACGGUCACAGUGUGGGCCACAGCGGCGUUCAUGCCGGGGGUCAUGCUCCAGCUCACAGCGGGGGUCAAGGUCACGGAGGCUCUCACAGCUCCAGCGGGGGCUCCGCUCUGCUUGGCUACAUUGGCAUCGACACCAUCAUUGAACAGAUGCGAAAGAAGACCAUGAAGACUGGCUUUGACUUCAACAUCAUGGUUGUUGGUCACAGUGGGCUCGGCAAGUCCACUCUGGUGAACACUUUAUUCAAGUCCCAGGUGAGCAGGAAGAGUGCAGGAUGGUCUCGUGAUGAGAAGAUCCCCAAAACCGUGGAGAUCAAGUCAGUGUCUCAUGUGAUUGAAGAGGGUGGGGUCAAGAUGAAGCUGACAGUUGUUGACACUCCUGGCUUUGGAGACCAAAUAAACAACGACAACUGCUGGGAACCCAUCUCUAAGUACAUCAAUGAACAGUUUGAGAAGUUCCUGAAAGAAGAGGUGAACAUCACCAGGAAGAAGCGAAUCCCUGACACCAGAGUACACUGCUGCCUCUACUUUAUUCCCCCGACUGGCCACUCUCUUCGACAGCUGGAUGUGGAGUUCAUGAAGCGUUUGAGUCACUCUGUGAACAUCAUUCCUGUGAUCGCAAAGUCUGACACAAUGACCAUCGAGGAGAGACAAGAGUUCAAACAGCGGGUUAGGAAGGAGCUGGAAAUGAACGGGAUCGAGUUUUACCCACAGAAAGAGUUUGAUGACGACAUAGAGGACAAGAGUGACAACGACAAGAUCAGAGAAACGAUGCCCUUUGCUGUGGUUGGAAGUGAUAAAGAAUACCAAGUGAAUGGUAAACGAGUCCUGGGGAGAAAGAUACCUUGGGGAAUCAUAGAAGUUGAAAAUCCAAACCACUGUGAGUUUGCACAGCUGAGAGAUUUCCUGAUCAGGUCCCACCUGCAGGAUUUGAAGGAGGUCACUCACAACAUUCACUACGAGACGUACCGUGCCAAGAGAUUAAACGCCAACGGAGGUCUGCCCCUCAUCACUUCGAACGACACCCAAGAAAGCAACCUGUAGUCAGUCAGUGGCAGAAUGGGUCAAUAUAAAAAAAACGCAAUGAUGCUCAUAUAGGAAUCUGUAAGAUUAAAAUUAUAGGAUUUUUUUUUCACCCCAGCUUUGCUGCAUGAGUGAAAUAACCAUUAUUAGUCUGUAAAACUCUGUUUGCCUCCUUUUCCAUGUCAACCCAUCCAAAGGAUGUUCAUUUUCCCGACUUCUGGGGUUUUAAUGACAAAUCUGUGGUAUACUGAGGUUAGGAUAAUUGAUUAUUAAAUUGCAGAAGUUCUCUCAUUCAACCUAUUUUCUUAUUUCCAAUUUAAUAAUAAGUCAGGAGAAUACAUUUAGUUUGUAUUUAACAGCGAACAUAUCAAACAGAGCUUGGAUUACCACUCCAAAGACACUUUUACUUAGUUUUCCUUCUUGAUUAUCUUUAUUGAUUAUUAAUGGGAAGAUAGAGUAUUGUCACCAAUCAGGCAUUGAACUACAACAAUGAGCCAUAAAUGUACAAAAUAUCACCUCUAGUUAAAUGCUCUGCUGCAUGUGAGCCGUAUUACCCAACCCUUUGUUUGAAUCCAUUCCUCGCUCAAAUUUCUGCAACAUUAGUCAUUUCUGUUUUAAUUGACCCGUCUCAAAGACACUCGCUGUUUAUUUGCCGGUAUGUGUUCUAACAUUUCUUUAGUAUUUCGUUCAAAGAAAGCAACAAAAAAAAGUAUAAUUUUGGGUUACUGUGUGGGAAUUAACUUAUUAGAGAAUAAGGAGUCCAGUAUUCAAGUCUGAAAGUAAUUACCCAUGCAAUCAAUACUUUUUGAGCUUAAAUGUAACAUAUGUUCUGAAAAUUAUAAGUUAUUUAGUGAAAUAGAUUUAAAUAGAAGUUAAAUGUAGCUGGCAUACAGAUGAGAAAAUGAGAUUUGCUAUUGAAACAGCAAGAGAUCAGAAUUGGGUGAUAUUCCCUUGAUAAGUGCUGAUCAUUGACCAGUAAGUACAAUUAUUUAGUUCUUUGUAUUUAAUGCCAUAUAUACUUAAAUUAAGACUUCACUGAUUUUUUUUUUUGGCCUGUAAUUUGAUGCACUUUCUAAAAAUUCUGCACAGAUGAAAAUGUAAUAAUUUUUACCAUCACCAAUUCUAAACUGCUGCCACUGUCGGAUAAACAGCAGCACGUUUGCUUCCUAUGUGUUACAGUACAAAGGAAAAAUAAUCAGUAGGUAAAGAAUGCCUGAAUGGGUAAUGAUUAGGAAACGCCUGAAAAAAUUCAAAUCUACUUGAGCUCAGUUUUAUGUUUAUAGAUGAAGCUACAGGACCUCAUGUCAGUUAAACAGUCACCAAGAGUUCAUGGUAAUUGGCUUUAGAAGCCAAGGGUCGACUAAAUUGAAAUGACCAACAGCAGUUAAAUAAAACUAAAAGCAAAACGUGAUGAAAGGUGAAAAUACUGUGUUGCACCGUACACUUUCCUUUACAGGUUUUAAUAAGGAGAAAUAGCACUAUAGUAGGUUUUAUUUGUAUUUGCAUUAAGGGCCAAUCUAAUUUGAACGUUUUAAAAUUGUGAUCAAGGCCCACUGAAAUUCCUCUGAGGGCCACACUUAGCACAGCACUGCUGUAGAGCUUUAGAAAUUUGGUUCAUCAUGACUUUUCUAUUUUAAGGUUUUCAUUUUGUGAAGCCAACACGAGUAAGACAUUGUGCCAUCACUUUUUUAACAGUUUAUUUCUUACCUUUUUUGAAAGAAAAUCUCUAAAGUGCCACAUUAAGAAACAUAAUGGAAACAAUUUACAGUUUUAGGAAAAACAGCAGCAGCUUGUAUUGAGAUUUUGCCUUUUUAAAUUCUCUGCAGCUGGUGCUCAAAUGCAAAAAGGAUCCCUUUGUUAAGACUUACUGUCAGGACAUCUUAACAUAUAUAACAAAUCCACUCAAAGAAAAAUAUUGUCUUUAAUAUUCCCUCACCCAGCCUAAUUAGUUUUUUUUCUUAUUGUUUCCAUGCAUUAUAAAAUGGCAAACAAGAGCAGUAUCAGUUGUUUUCUACUGCAAUGAAUGAGGCUAACUAUAGUAUCUGCAUCAGUAGGAAAGAUGCAGCUCAUCCAGCAAGUGUUCACUGUAUGAUAACAUUAUGCCCCAGCAGGGACACCUUGUGGAUUUUUAUCUAGAUUAGCGUAGAUUCAGAUGGAUUUUAGUAAUUGUGAAUAUUUUACACUUAAAUGACAGGAUUUUAGAUGAUUGCAGGAUUUAUUCAAGACACUUAUCUUUGCACAAAGGUUAUUUUCUUUUAAUCACACUCUCUAACUCAACCCUCCAUGGUGGCCACUACCAAAAACAUAUUCCACUUGUGUUGCCUGUUUUAUUUUGCAUUGCAGAGAACAUGCAUAUAGAAAUAUAAACAACAUUCUAAAGACAUCAACAUAAACAGGUUUGUCGGUUUUUUAGCACAUGAAUAGAGAGCUUAAAAACUUGCACUGCCAGUUUAAAACUAAACUACCCCUGCUCACCACUUGGUGGCAGCAGACUUCAACUUUAAAACAGUUUUAUUGAUAGGGGAGAAAAAGACCAUAGAUGCUCAGUCUAUUUUUCAUUUACCGAUUUAUUUCACCUGAAAAUGUUUACAGAGCAUGCCAACAUAUCAGGUUUAUUAUAAACUUUAAUGCUCUAAUGGUGUUCGUUAAAUAACCGAGCUGUAAACAUGCUUACCAAGUUUGCCAAGUUCAAGACUUAUCCAUGUUUUACCUUGUACAGUUGCUAUAUUGUGGAGAACCAUUAUGCCAAAACUAAAUGAUGUAAUCCUCCAGUAAAUCGAUCAUGACUAUAGAGUCACAUAUGUCAGUAUGAUGUUGUGAUUUUAGUUCAAUGGAAGGUCUAACAGCAGAAAUAUGUGGGAUUGUGUUUGUUUGUGCAUGCUUCUUUCCAAACAGGCUGUCAGUUUUCACGUCGACAUUAUUAAUUGGAUUUUUCUGCAUAUGUGAGUUGAGUGUGUCAUGAGGUUGAGACGCUGCCGUCCGACCCCCUGUGGCCCCUUUGAGUCAGUAAUACAACAUCAUGGUACUUAUUUAUAGAUUACUUUUUGUAAAGUUACCGUGACACAUUUAAAGUAUAAUUUGCAGUGUUAUUUGACAUUAUUUAUACAUCUGUGUAUUCUUGUAAUUUAUUCUUUAAUAAAAUGCACUUGUCCAUGUUUUUAA